GGAUAUUGAUAGCGAUGGACUAGAAAAAAAAGAAAAGAAAAGAAAGUUAAAAAAAAAACGCGAUUGGGACGGAUUCCGAUGUUUUUAGACACAUUUACUAGGAUAAUUCUGGGAAAUCCCUUAUCCUUCUAUUGUGUUGCUAGUGUUUUAGUGAGUUAAAUAGUACCUGAUAGGCGGAAGGGUGUCUCCACGGGUGUGUUGACGCGCAGUGUCUCAGGGGAGUCGACGGCAGCUUCAUGGACGACACAAGCUCAGCUUUUCUCCGGUAAGAAGCGACUUUUUAACCACAAUUUUCUCACCGAAACCUGCUGGUUGACAUUCCGUCUUGAUUCAUGCUCGCUUGACCGCGCUCUGAUCCAUAGUAACGUUUCACCUCCAGGAAUUUUAAACAAGGAAUCACCGUGUGUUUGUGUGGCUAGAGGCUAAAACUUCCCAACUCCAUCUUUCUACUGUGACUUCUCCAAUAUUAAUUGAACAAAUUGCAAAAGAUUUAGCAACACAGAUAUCUAAAAUACUGUGUAAUUGUGCCGUUAAAGCAGACUACAUUUAGCUGUGUGUGUGUGCAGCGUUUAUACUUCCUAAAAACCCGUGACGUCUUGCGUACACGUCAUCAUUAUACGACGUUUCCAGGACGAAACUCAUGGGAAAUUUAAAAUUGUAAUUUAAUUAACUAAAAAGUCCGUAUUGGCAUGUGUUGCAAUGUUAAUAUUUCAUCAUUGGGUUUCAGUAGGCCUUUAAGAAAGAGGUAAAUUAAAAAAGAAAGAAAAUGAAAAAGAGGUAAAUGAAAAAAGGUGGACAAAACUAAAAAGGGGGGUAAAUGAAAAAAAAAUUGUGUGUAAUGAAAACGUGGGAAAUUAAAAAUAACGUUGAAAAAAAAAAGAAAAAAGAGGGAAACAUUUAAGAAAGGGGUUGAAUUAAAAAAGAGAAAAUUAAAAAAGUGGGAGAUUAAAAAAGUGGACAAAAAGGGGGAAGGGAAUUAGGAAAGGGGAAAAUAAAAAAGAGAAAAUUAAAAAGGGGGAAAUUAAAAAAGGUGGAAAAAUUUUAAAAAUGGGGUGAAAUGAAAACAGUGAAAAGGAAAAUGUUGUGAUCCGGCUUCCGGAUCACACAUCUCUAGCAUGUUUGUCUUUUUUUGUAUUGUCCUACUAUGUUUUGAUCAUGUUUUGGACUCUACCGAUCCCGUUUGUUAGCGCACUUCCUUGUUUUGUAUUGUCACCAUGGCAACAUAAGUAUGCCUCCUGCACGGACUCAUUACGCACACCUGUUUUGAAUUAUUUGUGUUGUAUUUAAGACCACCUGCUACCUUAGUUCCUCCUGGCUGUUUUGUUUGCUACUUGCAACACGCACGUUGGUUCUUAUUUUUGUAAUCACUAUUGCUAAGUCUCGCCUUAGCUUUGCGUGCGCUCUGCACCUCUAUUCCUGUACUCUGCUCUCGUUGCUAAUUAUUAGCAUAGCUCUCCGUGCAUUCGGCACGCCUUUUCUUUGCAUUUUGUACCAGUAUUAUUUUUGUUUUUGUAUUAAAUCUAAUCUUACCUGCAACUCCUGCCUGUCCUGGUCCUCUUGCAUCCCUGGGGUAGCAACACGCAUCCAUUAUGCCUCGCCAUCGUGUCAGAAAACAGCCAGCACAACGCCGCCUCGCAGUGGACCACCAAAAGUCUUCCCUUCGCCAAGCCGCGAAGACUUUUUCCCCGGACAGCAGCGCGCAGACAACAGCCCAGUACUCUUCCCUGAGGUUUGGAAGUUUUGUUUUUUCUCCAUAUUCCAACCACUCUUCCGACUGGGCUGUAAGGCCAGGGCAUACCUCCGGCCCACCGGUCCAUCACGGUGACGUCAUUUCGUCAACGCCCCCUGGUGACUCAAUACCACCCCCUGUCGAUGAUAUUUUUUCUGAGGAUUUUUAUAUUGUUGAGUCUUAUUCUCAACCUGUUUCAAAUAUUGACUAUGAUUUUUUGGACUCUAUAGACACAACUAAGUUCUAUACAGAUGUUAUUUCUAGAUGCAAACUAAGGCAACAUGAGCUACCUACUUUUCUUCCUCCACCUGUGUUUCCCCCGGUCAAGCCACUAAGGCCACCUAGACCUCCUCCACCGACUUUUCGACUCGCUAGUCCACUACCUCCAGUGCGCCCUCCACCACCGGUGUUCAAGCCUAGUCCCAGUCCUGGUCCGACUUCUGGCCAACAUUGUAGAUCAACUCGUAGACUGAGUCGUAGUCCGAGUCCUAGCCCAAGUCCUUGUUCAAGUCAUUCUCUUAAUGGUAGUCCAAGUCCCGGUCCCAGUUACGUACCUUCGUGUAGUCUUGAUCGUAGUCCUUGUCCUAAUUCCCCUCGUGGUCUUAGUCCUCACAGUAACCCUAGUCCUUGCCCAAAUUCUUGUCCGAGCCCCAGUGUCACUGUAAGUCCUGGUCCUUGCCCAAGUCCUUAUAAAAGCACUAGUUUGAUUGUAAGUACUGGUCCUCACACAAGUCCUUGCCCAAGUCCUAGUGUUAGUCUAAAUCCUCAUAGUAGUCCUAGUCCUCCUCUCUGCCAGUCUCUUAGUGCUCCUCGGCUGACGCCGACACCUGCUCCUCGGCUGACGCCGACUCCUGCUCCUCGGCUGACGCCGACUCCUGCUCCUCGGCUGACGCCGACUCCUGCUCCUCGGCUGAAGCCGACUCCUGCUCCUCGGCUGAAGCCGACACCUGCUCCUCGGCUGAAGCCGACACCUGCUCCCAGUCUGGUUCUCACACCAGCUCCCAGUCUGGUUCUCACACCAGCUCCCAGUCUGGUUCUCACACCAGCUCCCAGUCUGGUUCUCACACCAGCUCCCAGUCUGGUUCUCACACCAGCUCCCAGUCUGGUUCUCACACCAGCUCCCAGUCUGGUUCUCACACCAGCACAAACUCCCAGUCUGGUUCUCACACCAGCACAAACUCCAAGGCUGGAGCCCACUCCGGUACCAGCACCACGACAGGUACCGGUGCCAGCUCCGUGCCGCCAAGCACCGGUGCCAGCUCCGUGCCGCCAAGCACCGCCGACGACGGGGCUGGAGCCCACACCAGCGCCGACGACGGGGCUGGAGCCCACACCAGCGCCGACGACGGGGCUGGAGCCCACACCAGCGCCGACGACGGGGCUGGAGCCCACACCAGCGCCGACGACGGGGCUGGAGCCCACACCAGCGCCGACGACGGGGCUGGAGCCCACACCAGCGCCGACGACGGGGCUGGAGCCCACACCAGCGCCGACGACGGGGCUGGAGCCCACACCAGCACCACCGACGACUCCUGCGGCUCCCAGGCCGCCUCCGACGACUCCUGCGGCUCCCAGGCCGCCUCCGACGACUCCUGCGGCUCCCAGGCCGCCUCCGACGACUCCUGCGGCUCCCAGGCCGCCUCCGACGACUCCUGCGGCUCCCAGGCCGCCUCCGACGACUCCUGCGGCUCCCAGGCCGCCUCCGACGACUCCUGCGGCUGCAGCACCCGCAUCAUCCUCGCCAGCUGCACUCGGGCCUGCUUUGGCUGCAGUCCCCGCACCCUCGUCUGCUGCUUCCAAGCCUGCUGGGAUUUCGGUGCUGAGGCGUCGUCCACCACGUCGACCACGGGCGUGGCCUCUGCGAGGUCAUCCUCCUCGCCAGAUACUCCCUCCUCCAUGUCGGCCACGGAUGUGGCCGUGCCCGGGUCGUCCGCCUCGCCGGGCACCUCAUCCUGCGAGGCGGCCACUAAUGUGGCCUUUUCGAGGUCGCCCGCCAAAACUUUUUCGGCAGCAGCGUUCCACCCGCCGCCGCCACAUGAUGUGUCCUCGGUGGAUUCGGGGACAUGCGAUCUGGCGACCCUCCACCGUGGACUCCUUCCGCCCUCCCUUCGUUUGUGAACUUUCUGGUUUUGGGAGGGGGUUCUCUUUAUUGCAGUUUUUUGGGGGCAUCUGGGAUCUGCCCCUUAAGGGGGGGGUAAUGUUGUGAUCCGGCUUCCGGAUCACACAUCUCUAGCAUGUUUGUCUUUUUUGUAUUGUCCUACUAUGUUUUGAUCAUGUUUUGGACUCUACCGAUCCCGUUUGUUAGCGCACUUCCUUGUUUUGUAUUGUCACCAUGGCAACAUAAGUAUGCCUCCUGCACGGACUCAUUACGCACACCUGUUUUGAAUUAUUUGUGUUGUAUUUAAGACCACCUGCUACCUUAGUUCCUCCUGGCUGUUUUGUUUGCUACUUGCAACACGCACGUUGGUUCUUAUUUUUGUAAUCACUAUUGCUAAGUCUCGCCUUAGCUUUGCGUGCGCUCUGCACCUCUAUUCCUGUACUCUGCUCUCGUUGCUAAUUAUUAGCAUAGCUCUCCGUGCAUUCGGCACGCCUUUUCUUUGCAUUUUGUACCAGUAUUA